UUAGUAGCUACGAUUUUCUGUACCGACUAAUCACACUCAAAUACGCGCAUGGCGUACAGGACAGUCGGUGACAACUCCGAGUUUUUUACAAUAAUUUAAAUUUUAUUAUGAAAUUCGUGUUCCUCGUUCGAUCAGCCCCUUGUCAGCUGUGUCUGUUUCUAACAAUAAAACAUGCACUUGUUCGCGGGCCGCUGUAAGAGUGGCGAAGUGUGCUGCAUGUACCAGUGGAACAACGUGGAUGUACUGAUCAACGGGACGCUGCAGCACGGCGUCGUCGUUGGAAUAUCUGCCGUAUCUGCGGACGGGCAGAAGCAGGGCCUGCUGAUCGACUUCAACUAUCCGCAGCGCCACUCUGAAUUUGUCGAGUACGGUAGCAUCUUCAGCUGCCUGUACUUCGCCGCCGAGCCGCCGUGGGAUGCGUGGAAGGACCCUACAUGGGCGGAGACCCAUCCGCUGCAAGCUUUGCUGCGUGCUGUUGGUGAUCGUGCGUGGACGUGGUGCCCAGUCAGACUAGCCUUGCCCGAAGAUGCCGAGAUGCGCAGGGCUUAUUGCAGCGAAAUCGAUUGUGGAUUGGUGGAGGUGGAAUGGGGCGGUGCGUUAACGAAGGAAUUAAUUCCGUUCCAUCAGAUCCGCGGGGUACCCUCGCCUGAAGAUCUGCAGGGGCGUCGCGUGGGACCGGAGUGUUUUGUCAGCCGUGAAUGCCGCCUGCCCCGAGGAUACUGGGCAGUGCCACAGGAGGCGACGCGACUGCUUUGGCAGAGGCUCAGUUAUGAAUUAAGUGCCUGCUGCAUCGCGGUUCGCAGUGAUAGUUUCACGUAUUUCCAGCGAAGCGAUGGACGUCCUAUCGUACUGAGCAAUCUGGAGCAGAGGUUGGAGAACAUCACUCAGAUGAUGCAGUACGAGAAUAACAACCGUGGCCAGCGUGACGGGAGCCCCGAGGAUGAAUUGAUUUGCGGUCGCUUCGUUCCCCGUUUAAGAAAGGUGAAAGUGCCGGCCGCCGAUCACCAUCAACGGGGCCGCGGCAUCCCCUUACCGCGCGAAAUCCUGACGGAAAUCUUCCAGUCGUUAGACACCAUCGAGCGGGUCCGCAAGCGUCGCGUCUGCCGCCUGUGGGAGGCGAUGCUGGAUCCGAAUGCGAUCGGCAAGCAUCUGUGGAUCUCCUGCCGACAGCCCUUGAAUAACCGUCACGAAGAGCGUUCGGAGCGGUUCUUGCUGGCUGCGUGCCUGCUCAAGUACGCCACUUCCGCCACGGACACCGUCAUACUGGAGGAGCCGUUGGCGUUGUCUCAAUGGAAGCGAGAUGGGUUUGGAUUGUUAGCUAUCUUGUCGCAGCAGCGGCGCAUUCGGACGCUGGUCUUCACCCGUUGUGAGUUCAGUGAUUGUGAUGUACAUCUGUGCGAUUAUCUGGGUUAUCUGAAUGGCAAACUGUCCAGCCUGGAAGCGACGUGCAGUGUGGUGGUGUUUCGAGAUUGUGAGAUGUCGUUCACGCAGACCAGCGCUCAAAUGAACGCUAAAUUAUGUCUGCGUGAUACCGCCGCACAGCGCUUGACGCAGUUGUGGGAUGCCUAUGAAAGGUCACUCGUGUCGUGGGAGAAUGUGGAUUUGGCGAAGCUCGCCGCGUGGGUGGAGCGUUGUGUCAGCACGCAGAAGAUCGACAAGUGCGAGGGAAUAUUAUGGGUUUUAAAUGAGUAUAUUGGUGCUGAUCCACGGACGGCGCUGCGCACAGCUGACCAAGAGUGGACGAUGGCUAACCUGAUCGAUUUGGAUGUGCUCAAGCUGACGAAGCUGGAACAGUACGCUUUGUUCGGCCGAAUUGGCGAUACCAUGGAGAAAGAUAACCAAGGGGGUUAUAUUUUCUAUGGGACUAAAGGAUACUGGAAGAUCUUACAGUGUUUGCGAUUAUAUACAAGUGCUACGCAUGCGACUGGUGCUGAUUGCGAGAUGACUGCACACAACAACGGUACUGCAGUAAUGAUUCUAGCGCAUCGCGUAUGCAGUUUGGUUUAUCAAAUAUUCCGCGCUGUUUUAUGUAUGAGUCGCUGCCAUUGGUCCCACGAUUUCGACUGUGCUAAUUUAAGGGGAACAGGCAGCGGUUUUGUAAACCGACUCCUCUGGCACUAG